GUUCUGUUCAUUAUAGCCCAUCCUUACUCAUAUAUGAAUCCUUUUAUAUACAAAAAAAAAAGUAAUUGGUUUGAAUAUUUAUGUGCUUCACUUGAAGACCAUGUAGUUUUAUACUACUGUAUAUCUCUUUCAUAACAUUUCACAUAGGGUGUUCUACUUCUAUAUUCAUUCAUCAAGGGGUCUGUAAAUCAUCUAUUGAUAUGCCCUGAGAUCUCCAACUUGCUUAAGAUUUCUAGAAGUAAGACAAUACUAUAGAAAUUGCACAAGAAAUAACGAAAGCAAACUUCAAUUGAUAAACUCCAUCUUUCGAGAGGAUGGGCUCUCCAAAUGCAUAAAGCACUACUCAGUUUUUACACACCCAAAACAGACACAGACAAGAACCUUAAAUAGCAAAAGAAAAGGACAAAAAUAACAAAAAGACCUGCAGCUCAUUCCAUGACAACAUGACACUCUCAUUACCAAUGUUCCCCACAAAAAAGGAGCUGCCACAUCAGAAUUACGCAAUUACCCCUGGAUGUCUUGAAUUGGUUGUUUGUUGGUAUUCAUCUCAUUCCACCCUUGGCCUUGGACCCUUUUGCCCUUCCGUUGGUAGACCCGAAAUGGUUGGGGCAUAUCAACACCGGUGUGCCAAACUUUCACCUUGUCCUCAAGGUAAAAGUCUGGAAAUUGGUUCUUCAUCUUCUCAUAAUCCUCCCAAGUUGCCUCCAAGUCAGUCGAUCCUUUCCAUUGUAUCAAAACUUCCAGAUCUUGGCCACUCCCUCCUGUUUUGGUCCCGACCCCUCUUAAGGUCUCCGGUUGAACCAAAAGUUCUAAUUCAGCACUGAUCUCCAAAGGAAUUUCAGUUGGUUGUUUCCGGACUCCCAAAGCUGCUUUCAGUUGUGAGACAUGAAAGGUAGGAUGAAUAGCUGAGGAAGGUGGCAACUCCGGUUUAUAUGCCACUUGGCCAAUCCUUUCCUGAACCGGUAGGGUCCGUAGUAUCUAGCUGCUAGCUUUUCAUAUCUUCUCUUUGCUAAGCUCCUUUGUCGAUAUGGUUUUAACUUGAGAUAGACCAUAUCCCCCACUUUAAACUCAACAUCACGCCUUUUCUUAUUCGCCUGGUCCUGCAUCCUUUGUUGAGCCCUCAUCAGAUUCACCCUCAGAUCAUCCAGUAUUGCAUCCCUUUCUUCCAAUUGUUGAUCUAAGGUGUCGAUGGGUGUUUGUUGCCCUUCGUACCUGAUCAGUGGUGGUGGGUCUCUCCCGUAAAGAGCCUUGAACAGGGUACAUUGAGUGGAAGUGUGAUAGGAGCUAUUAUACCAUAACUCUGCCCAGGUCAACCACUUGGCCCAACUUUUGGGUUUUUCAGAACAAAAACAUCUCAGGUAGGUAGUAGGUUUCCAGACACCUGUUCACAACCUCUGUCUGCCCAUCAGAUUGCGGGUGAUACGCGGUGCUUGGUUUCAAAUCCACCCUGUGCAGCCUGAAUAAUUCAACCCAGAAGUGACUAAGAAAAAUGCGAUCUCGGUCGCUGAUGAUGGACAAUGGUAGCCCAUGUAGACGGACAAUUUCUGUCAUGAACUUAUUGGCAACAGUAGCUGCUGUGAAGGGGUGUUUCAAAGGGAUAAAGUGGCUGUACUUACUCAACCGGUCCACCACAACCCAAAUUGUGUCCCAAUUCUCCGACUUGGGUAACCCUUCUACAAAAUCCAUGCUGAUUUCAUCCCAGGUCUGCCUUGGAAGAGCGAUUGGCUGAAGCAGACCAGCCGGGGACGUGUUUUGAGUCUUAUGUUGCUGACAAACCACACACUUCUUGAUGUAAUCAGCUAUAGCAGCCUUCAUCCCCACCCAAAACAAUUUGGUUGCUGUUCUCUGAUGUGUUUUUUUCUCUCCGGAGUGGCCCCCCAAAUAGGAGUCAUGAAAAGUGGAUAUUAUCUCCGGAAUUAGAGGAGAAGCAGCAGGUAUGACCAAUUUGCCCUUGAACAACAAAUUUCCCUGCAAAAUAACAAAGUCUUUGAGUGACCCGGCAUUAACUUCAAGGUCCUUCUUAACUCUUUGGAUGAACUCAUCUUUAUCAAGUUCCUCCUUCAGCUGUCCCCAAAACUUCCAAUACCCAACACUUACUGAAUUGCAUGUUAUGGUGGGUUCUUUCCGCGAUAAAGCAUCUGCUACUCUGUUGCUCGCUCUUGUCUGGUAUUGCACUUCAAAGUCGUACCCCAUCAACUUAGUCACCCACCGUUGAUAAUCACUCCCAAUGAGUCGUUGUUCCAGAAUAUGCUUUAAACUUUUCUGAUCCGUCCUUACAAUGAAUUUUCUUCCAAGUAGGUAGGCUCUCCAUUUGAGUAUUGCCCUUACGAUUGCCAUCAAUUCUUUUUCGUAGAUCGAUUUCAGUCUAGCUGUUUUUCCCAAAGUGAAGCUGUAAUAAGCGAUUGGUCUGUUUUCCUGCAUAAGGACCGCCCUUAACCCAAAGCCGGAGGCGUGCGUUUCGAUAAUGAAUGGUUUGUUGAAGUUAGGCAUGGCUAACACAGGCACCGUGGUCAUAGCCUCCUUCAAUUUCUUGAAUGCCUUCUCAGCCUCGUCACUCCACCCAUAUCUGUCUUUCUUGAGUUGUUCAGUCAAGGGAAUGGCAAUUUGGGCAUACCCCUUAACAAAUUUACGGUAAUACCCCGUAAGACCCAGAAAUCCCCUCUGAUAUUCUUAGGAUUAGGCCAGUCGACCAUGGCCUGAAUCUUGUCUGCUUCCGCCGACACCCCUUGAAUGGAAAUUUCAUGUCCCAAAUACGAGAGCUUAGAGCGACCAAAUUCACACUUUUUCAGAUUCAAAUAGAGCUUAUGUUCUUGUAGUUUCUCAAGGGCAGUUGCAACAUGAGUACAAUGAUCCUCCACACUGGAGCAAUAGAUUAGGAUAUCAUCGAAAAAGACAAAUAAAAUUUCGGAGGUAGGGUCGGAACACAUCAUUCAUUAACGCUUGGAAGGUUGCGGGGGCGUUGGUCAAACCAAACGACAUCACUUUGAAUUCAUAGUGGCCCUCAUGGGUUCAGAACGCGGUCUUGUGGAUGUCUUCAGCCCGCAUUCUGAUGUGAUGAUAUCCGGAAUGGAGGUCCAACUUGCUAAACACCACCGACCUGUGCAACUCGUCAAGUAACUCGUCUAUCACAUGUGCAACUCGUCAAGUAGCUCGUCUAUCACAGGAAUCGGAAACUUGUCUGGGACUGUAGCUCUGUUUAACGCACGAUAAUCAAUACAAAACCGCCAUGAACCAUCUUUCUUCUUGACUAGGAUAACCGGGCUCGAAUACGGACUGUUACUGGCUUGGAUUACUCCGGCUGCUAGCAUCUCUUGUAUCAUUUUCUCGAUUUCAUUCUUUUGGAAGUGGGAGUACCUGUAUGGCCUGACACUAAUGGGGGUGGUGCCCUCCUUCAGGUUAAUUUGAUGUUCUAACUGCCUUGGGGCUGGCAUACCCGAUGGUUCUCGAAACAGCCCCUUGAAGCGAUUAAUGGUUUUUACUAGGAAAUUAGGAAUUUCCUUUGUAAUCUCUGUUGUUGUUUCAGUGUUACAUAACUCGAUAAGUAUCUCGCUCCCUUCUCUUUUAAGUUCCCGAGCCAUUGCCCUUAAGGAAAUCUAGUUUUUUCCUAAGGACCGGUCACCCUUUAGGCACACCUGCUCACCUGCCACCUCAAACUUCAUUGUUUGUUCCUUCCAGUUGGUCUGUGUGGUUCCUAGCGUCUCGAGCCAUUUCAUUCCCAAUAUAACAUCAGAACUCCCUAAUCGUAGGGGUAAGAAUUCCUCCACUAUGUCAAUCUCUCCUAAUCGGAGAAGAACACCUUGACAAACCCCUUGUCCUUGCUCACUAUCACCCGUUCCCAUCCUAACUCCAUAUGGCUCUGUUGCCAAGACGGGAAUUCCCAAGGUCUGCACCAAAUUUAGGGCUAUAAAAUUAUGAGUCGCCCUGGGUCAAUCAACGCCACCACCUAUCGGUCAAGGAUCUUUCCUUUUAGUUUCAUAGUUUUUGGUGAAGUUAACCCUGAUAUAGAGUUGAGCGAGACUUCCACCAUUUCAUUCACUUCAGUUGUCCCAUCUGGUGUGACUAUGUCGUCUUCCUCUUGAAUUUCCCUACCCGAGUCCUCUUCCUCCACCAGAAUUACGUUGAUUUGGGUUUUACAUUGAUGCCCCUUGUUCCACUUCUCGUUACACCUGUAACACAACCCCUUUACUCUUCGUUCUUGUAUCUGUGAUUCAGUGAGACGCCGAUUUUGUUCCCCUGCCCUAAGUGAAUUGGAAUUGUUUUGGGAUGAAGGGAAAGUACUUGAUAACGUCGAUUUACCGGGUAUGGUUCUUCGCAAACCUAGUGAUCUAUUAGACACAAUUAAAUAUAUUAUAGAAUAGAGGGUAUCAAUGUGUAAUAUCUAAACCUAUAUAUGUUGAUUGUAUGUAACCUAAUACGUAACAAUAAAAUUAGUCGGCACUUUAUGGUAUCAGAGCGCAAGGUUUCUUGCUGCCUACUGCUACCGAUCAACAACUAGGGAUUCUUACAAUCAAGGUCAACAAUCAAUCUCCUAUCAAUCGAUCAUGGCUCUCAUCGCUGCUUUCACUGCUGAUCAGAAGAAAGCUCACACCUCUCACAAAUUCCCUUUCAAUCUCACAACAACGAAUUAUGUCUACUGGAAGGCUAUGAUACAUCCCUUCUACUUGCACACAGGUUAUUUGACUAUGUGGACGGCACAAUCCCGUGUCCACCUACAGAACUACCAGCAGCUGCAACAACCACUGCUGAUCCUAAACCGGGACCACAACCCAACCCCAACUAUCCAAUCUGGAUAGCCAAUGAUGCACACGUGCGGCUGUUGAUCAUCUCCAGCAUAUCGGAGUCUGCCUUUCGUUAUGUUCAAGGUUAAAACGUGAUAAAGAUGGCGCCAUUAAUCGCUACAAAGCACGGUUCGUUGCAAAAGGAUUUCGUCAGCAACCAGGGAUAGAUUACCAUGAGACGUUCAGACCUGUAGUCAAGUCAACCACCAUCCGAGUUGUACUCUCUCUUGCUAUUACACAGAACUGGCCUCUUCGACAACUAGAUGUUCAAAAUGCCUUCUUACAUGGCAAUCUAGAAGAAACAAUAUAUAUGAAACAACCUCCUGGAUUCGUUGAUGCACAACAUCCGAACCACGUGUGCUUACUCUACAAUUCCAUCUAUCGCCUCAAGCAAGCUCCUAGGGCCUGGUUUCAACACCUUACAUCAUCCAUCUUCUCGGCUUCAAAGGGUCCAAGACCGAUCCUUCCCUGUUCAUCUAUUCUCAUGCCGGUACAACUUUAUACAUGUUGAUUUACGUUGAUGAUCUCAUUCUCACGGGCACUGCUCUUAUUAAUAAAGUCAUUCAACAACUUGCUGCCACGUUUGCUAUCAAAGAUCUCGGCUCUCUAUCAUAUUUUCUAGGCAUUGAAAUUGUUCCAAGAGGGUCUGACAUCAUCCUCUCUCAACGAAAAUACAUUUUGGAACUUCUCCAAAAGGCUGGUUUGUCAAAUUCUAAGCCGACUCCAACUCCGAUGAACACCUCUAGCCCUCUGACAGUCAAUGACAGCCUUCUCUUUUCCGAUCCGGUAUGGUAUCGCCAAGUUGUUGGAGCCCUUCAGUAUGUGACCUUAUCCACAUUACCUUUGCCGUCAACAAGGUAUGUCAGUUCAUGCAUGCUCCGACUGACAACCAUUGGUCUACUGUCAAGCGAAUUCUUCGCUACCUUCAUGGCACUGUUGAUCAUGGCAUGCUUAUUCGCCAAACCUCAAGCACUCAACUACAAGCAUUUACCGAUUCUGUUUGGCAGGGAUCAGAUACCUUAACUGCCUUUUCGGAUUCUGACUGGGCCGGUUGCCCGAUGACCGUCCGUCCACUGGGGGAUUAGCAAUAUAUCUUGGUUCCAAUUUAAUAUUUUGGACCGCACGGAAACGAGCGGUAUCUAGAUCUUCAACUGAGUCCGAGUACAAGGCGCUUGCUGACACGGUUGCUAAGCUCACCUGGCUUCAAUCUCUUCUUCGAGAACUUGGUGUUAACAACUCUACACCCCUGGUCUUAUGGUGUGAUAAUCUUGGGGCAACUUAUCUCUCGGCUAAUCCAGUGUUUCAUGCGCGCACAAAGCAUGUGGAAGUUGACUUCCACUUUGUCAGAGAAAAGGUUGCAAAUAAAGAUCUCCAAGUCCGGCUCAUCUCUACACAUGAUCAAAUAGCCGACAUCUUCACAAAGCCAUUGCCAACUCCAAGAUUCAUACAACUAAGAUCCAAGCUGCAGGUCGUUCCCCGUCCUUAGCUUGUGAGGGCGUAUUAGACACAAUUAAAUAUAUUAUAGAAUAGAGGGUAUCAAUGUGUAAUAUCUAAACCUAUAUAUGUUGAUUGUAUGUGACCUAAUACGUAACAAUAAAAUUAGUCGGCACUUUAUGAUCUGAAUCCACCACUGGAUCUGAGGUUACGAUUUCUUUGUUCAAUUUGUUGGGCUAGAUCCAUGGCACGGCCCAGAUCCAAGGGAGUCCACAUGUGUAAUUCAUCUCUGAUUUCAGGCUUGAGGCCCUUAAGGAAACUUGCGAGCGCUACUCUGUCUGUAACUUUUUCGAGGGGAGCCGCUAGCUCGAUGAACCGUCGUAUGUACUUGGCGGUAGUGGUGGUUUGCUCCUAGGAAUUCCAUUGUUCAUAGAUGUCGCCUCCUAAAACGGAACGAAAUUUCUUGAGAAAUAAGGUUUUCAUACACUCCCAUGUCGGCAACGCUUGUUGAUUGUUAGACCAUCUGUACCACGCGAGGGCAUCUCCGUUGAGACUAAGAAUCUCUGCCUCCACCUUUUCUUCAUCAAUCAAUUGAUAUAUGGAAAAGUAACGUUCCGCUUGCAGUAUCUAUCCAUCAGGGUUGGGUUCCAUCAAAGCUAGGCAUGUCGAUUUUGCGGUGACGGUAUUCAUAUCUUCCUCUUCCUGCGUUGUUGCCGUCGAAACUGCCAAAGAUCAGUCCGGGGCCGCCGUGGCCGGAGCCACCGUUACCGGAACCCCCAUCACCGGAGCCGCCAUGUCCCGAUCCUUCAAUGCCUUUGCUCUUGUUCGUCGUGUCUCCCAUUGGGGUGAUGAGACCCGAGUUUGGGGUGUUUGAACUUCCUCCUCUUCCCCCUGUGUUAGCCUCACUUCGUUCUAGCAGCUUGUUCAUGUUGGUUCUCAUUUCAUCCUGCCAUUGGAUAAUAGUUUCCAUUCUCAGCUUCAUGUCUUGAAUAUCCACGCCAUGAGAGUGAAGCUGGACUUGUAUCACCCUAACUUGCUCUUCCACCUUCUUGACAGCAGCAGCUUCUUUUAAUGCUCCUCCCAUGGAAAGUAUUGCUCUGAUACCAGUUGAUAUGCCCCCUGAGAUCUCCAACUUGCUUAAGAUUUCUAGAAGUAAGACAAUACUAUAGAAAUUGCACAAGAAAUAACGAAAGCAAACUUCAAUUGAUAAACUCCAUCUUUCGAGAGGAUGGGCUCUCCAAAUUGCUAAAGCACUACUCAGUUUUUACACACCCUAAACAGACACAGACAAGAACCUUAAAUAGCAAAAGAAAAGGACAAAAAUAACAAAAAGACCUGCAGCUCAUUCCAUGACAACAUGUCACUCCCAUUACCAAUGUUCCCCACAAAAAAGGAGCUGCCACAUCAGAAUUACGCAAUUACCCCUGGAUGUCUUGAAUUGGUUGUUUGUUGGUAUUCAUCUCAUUCCACCCUUGGCCUUGGACCCUUUUGCCCUUGCGUUUGUAGAACCGAAAUGGGCUCAAACUUAGAUAGCAAUGCCAAAAUGUGGCGUCUUGUUGCAGAUCUCAUGAAUGAUCUUGGAAUGCUGAUGGACCUUGUUUCUCCAUUGUUCCCUUCGGCAUUUAUAUUCAUUGUCUGCAUAGGAAGCUUGUCAAGAUCUUUCACUGGUGUUGCCAGUGGAGCAACUAGAGCUGCUUUGACCCAACAUUUUGCUCUUCAGAAUAACACAGCAGAUAUAUCUGCAAAGGAAGGAAGCCAAGAGACAGUUGCAACAAUGAUUGGAAUGGCUUUAGGAAUGCUUCUUGCACACAUUACAAUGGGACACUCCACUAUUAUAUGGUUCUCUUUUUUGUCCCUCACAAUGUUCCACAUGUAUGCUAAUUACAAAGCUGUUAGGUGCCUUAAUCUCACUACAUUAAACUGUGAAAGAAGCUCAAUUCUUUUGUUGCAUUUCAUGGAGACUGGUGGAGUUUUGUCUCCAAAAGAGGUCUCUGUGUUGGAGCAUGUGUUGCCUUUAUGGAUGAGUAGUUGGAGUUCAAAAAAUACAAAAUCUCUGUAUACACGUGUAUGUUUAGGUAUCAGGGUUUCCUCACUCAACACCUUGGAAAUGAAGGAGCUAUUAAGUUAUGCUGGAUCUGAGUAUGAAAAAGGAAAAUACUUGUUACUUGAGAAUAAAGGAAUUGUGAGCAUUGUUGUGCAUAAAGAUUCAAGUAGUGGAGAUGUGAUUAAGGGAUUCAUGCAUGCUCUUGUUAUGGCGAAUCUGUUAGAUGAUAAGAAAAGCCAAAUGUGGAUGAACAAACAUUAUCAAGACUUUAUUUUCAAGCUUCAAUCAUGUGGUUGGAAAACAGAGCGACUUUUGUCAUCAUCAAUCGUAUGGAGGGCAAACUGGACACAUAAAAAGAUAAACUAGAAGAUAUAUGACACCUGUUCACACAAAAUCAAUCAAUUAACAAAAUCGAAUUCGUUUUUUAAUGAUUAAAUGGGCAUUUAUUACUCGUGAUUUGAGGAUA